CCCACGACACCCAAGACUGCGCCGUGCACUGUUACCGACGACUCUUGCGUACCGAAAAGGCGACGAAACCCACGAGACACAAUCGCGCCACGAGUGCGAUUUGCGACUACGACACGAAGUCUUCACUUGUUGCGAUCUACCACCAUCCUACGGCUUCGAACACGCGAAGGACUCAGCUAGUAAUACCAGUCAACUUGGCCGAGAAUCAAUACAAGCAAAAUGACGAGCACUAUCGGUAUCCCAAUCAAGCUCCUCAACGAGGCAGCAGGUCACAUUGUCACUCUUGAAAUCACAUCUGGCGAAGUCUACCGCGGCAAGCUAAUUGAAGCCGAGGACAACAUGAACGUACAGCUGAAAGACAUUACUGUAACCGCCCGCGACGGUCGCGUCUCACAUCUCGAACAAGUAUACAUUCGGGGAAGCCAUGUCCGGUACUUCAUCGUCCCAGACAUGUUGAGGAACGCACCCAUGUUCCGAUCGAGAGGCACAAGGGGUCGCGGUGUCGGUCUUGCGCGUGGAAGGGCCACAGUCAAUAGGGCCAGGGCCAGCACUCGUGGCGGUGGUCGCUGAACGAGCUGAAAGUUACGGGCGAAAAGACAACAUAAGCAGAGAGCUUGCUACCGGAAGCGCAACAGCAGCGAGGACGCACGGUAUGGUGCGAGAAGUUGACAGUGGAGGGAAGGACAGGUAUGCAACCAGAUCAUUCUUGCUGGACAUACGCUGAAAAUUGGGAUAGCUCCAAAUUUGAUGAUACCUUUGAAUGGGAUGAAUGCACAU